GCUGGGGUAUUAUGGGAAAAGAAAUAUUGACAAAUAGUCGCACAAGUCAACGACGAAAUUGAUUCUUCUCUUUAACGACAAAAGCAAAGACCUAAGAAAGUAUACCACAAAGGGUGGAGUAAAGUGAAGCAAACUCAAGGGUUUUCUUGUAAUGGAUGUGAGUGAGUGUGAGAGUAGGACAGAGGGGGAGACCAUGGAACUUCAACAUUUCAGUCAUCCACAUCCUUUGGUCUCCUUUAAAUAUCAGACUGUUGCACGCGAAGAAGUAGACCCAGAAGCAGUUCGUUGCCUUGGGUGUGAGAAACCUGUAGAGGGCUGGAGCUAUGGCUGCAAUCAAUGUGAGUUUUAUCUUCAUAAGGGAUGUGCUGAGUUAGAGUUAGCCCCCAAGAUUCAGAAUCCCUUCCACCCCAAACACCCUCUCACUCUUUUGCCAAAUUCACCUCAGUCUAGGUCAGGAUUUUGCGAUUUGUGUGGUAAGAAUUAUGGGGGAUUUGUUUAUUAUUGUAAUGAUUGUAAUUUCGAUCUGCACAUCAAUUGUGCUUUGCUUCAAUCAUCCAUUGCUGCAAAUUUUCCUAAUUCUUUGCACCCCCAUUCUUUACAUUUCAUUCAAAACUAUAACAAGGAAGUUGAGCCUGAUUGCCCCGGGUGUCAAAAACCAAUAUCUGGUCCAUUUUACCACUGUUCAGAUUGCACUUAUCCUACAUUCUUUAACCUUCAUAAGGAAUGUGCUGAACUACCCUUUGAGAUUAAUCACCCCUGUGAUCGUAAGCAUCCUCUUACUCUCUUGCCACAACCGCCAACUCAUCCCCAGAAAUGUAGUUGCUAUUUGUGCAGAAUCCAAUGGAAGGGGUUUGUUUAUUCCUGCUCUCUAUGCAACUUUGAUCUUUCACUUGAUGAUUUUCUUUUUUCACCACCAACAAUCACAGUUGCAAGUCAUGAACAUCCGUGGAUGCUUGUAUCUAGAAAAAUGUGGUUUGUUUGUGAUUUUUGUGGCACUGACGGGGAUCACUCCCCCUAUUUCUGUGGUACCUGUGUACUUUUUGUCCACAAGAAUUGCAUUUCAUUGCCAUGCAACAUCAGGAUAACACGACAUUGUCACGUGAUUUGUUUUUCAUAUUCUUUUCAACAAAAUCAAGUUGAAGAUUGUAUGUGCAGAAUUUGUUACACGGAAGUUGAUACAAGUUAUGGUAGGUAUUGUUGUUCUGCUUCCGGUUGUGAUUAUAUUGCUCAUGCACAUUGUGCAACCAAUAAAUCAAUUUGGGAUGGAACAAUUAUCAAGGACGGCUAUGAUGAGAGGCAUGGUCCUUCGAAUUUGCUUACUGAUGUUGUUGAACAAAUUCGUAUUGGAGAGCUAAUGGUAGCAAGUGAGAUCAAGCAUUCCUAUCAUGAUCAUAAUUUAAGACUCACUUUUAGUGGGAAGACCAAAGAUGAUGAUAGUCAGUGCGAUGGGUGCACGAGACCUAUAUCAACUCCGUUUUAUAGUUGUGAGCAAUGCAAGUUCUUUCUCCACAAAGAUUGCGCUGAAUUGCCUAAAGAAAUGCCACACCCCUUUCACAAGCAUUUGCUUACUCUCGUGAACUCACACGGUGGGGGUGGUUAUUCACGGUGCGAUGCUUGUGAUCGUCUAUAUCAAGGAUUUAGCUACGAAUGCUACAAAAGAGAUUGCAGGUUCAAAAUUGACAUUCAAUGUAUGUUAUUGUCGGACACCUUGAAGCACCCAAGUCAUGAGCAUUCACUCUUUCUUGUCCACAACAACGACGGAACAAGUUGCAGUGCUUGUUUCAAAAGACUAUACCUGGGGGAAGUUGCAUAUAUAUGCAUGAAGCGCUGUGAUUUCAGGUUACAUGUAGGUUGUGCAACACUACCACUCACUGCUUGGUACAAGUAUGACAGGCAUGCUCUUACUUUGACUUUUUCUGAUGAUUCUGAGCCUUCUCAACUUUACUGCGAUCUCUGUGAAAAAGAAAGAGAGCCAAAGGAUUGGUUUUACUACUGUGCUGAUUGUGAUAACUCUCUUCAUCUCAAUUGUGUUAUCGGGGAUCUCCCAUAUUUGAAGCUUGGGAACAAAUUGAAGCAUUAUAGGCAUAAACAUCCAUUCACUAUGGUAAAAAACAUCUGGAAUUGCCCUCCAUGUAAGGCAUGUGGUGAGGUUUGCAAUGGACAGGCCCUAGAAUGUAAAGAAUCUGAAUGCAACUUUACCGUCCAUUGGUAUUGCUGUAGGGAUCUCCAGAGAAUCAUUUGAAUGAUAUUCCACUCAAGUUUAAGAAACAGAGAAGGCACAAUAUGAGAGAUGUGUUGUGUUCUGCGUAACCACACAUCUUUAUCUUUCACUUUUCUAUUUGAUUCUUAUCUAAAAUACUAAAAUAAUGAACAUAAUGUUGAGUUUGGAAAUUUAAAUAGAAAAUCAUUCCUCCAUUCAUAAAA